CCUUUCCCAAGCUCCCAGGGCUCAGGGCUUCUUCCCCUGACCUGAGUCACCGCCGGGAGGAUUGGCUGCCUUUCCCUCAGGUCAGCCCCAGGGUUGACCUCAGGAGCCUGCCCCGCAAUCUACAGGGACGUCUUGCCUCGUCGGGUGACUCAUUUGUGUGCGCUUUUCUCCCCUUUAGAUGGGGGGACGCGGCUUCCCCUGCGUUUCCCCGUCACCUCAGGACCACCGCGCAGUGUGCCCCCUCCCCCAUCCCGAGUUCUCGGGCCCAGCACCUUGUACGGAAGGCGGAGGUCCAAGAUUAUCCCGCAGUCAGUUGUUGCUGUCUGUUCCUGUACCUUUUGUAAUGUAAUUCUCGUAGCCUGCUUCCCCUCACCCCUAAAUCUUUCAGGACACCGUAGAACGGUCCCAUUUGGUCCCUGUUAGUUGGAAAGCAUCUGGUGGCUUGAGUUUCUGACUCAUAUGAUUGUUGCUGGAGUCUCUGUAAACAAACCGGCAUUAGCGCUAUCACGUUCUCUCCGGGAUUUCCCCCCUCCUCUGUGGCUUCUUGUUGAGAGGUUUGGUUAGGGGUUAGCGUUGAAAAGAUUCAGGUUUUCCUUUUAAAUGACUUAUACGUUUUAGUGGAGCUGGGAGAUUACUUGCCUGGUUCCUUUAAUUUCUGUAACUGUAAGUUAUUUGUUCAGUAGUCAGAAUUAGAUAAAUUACGGUGGUUCUGAAUAGUUCUGAGGAGGUCUAAAAAAUACUAACACGUAUUCAUACAUAUUUUUUAUUAUGUUUAGUAGAAGAGACACUUUUGCCAUUUAAACUUUAACUUUUCUCAGUCCUUCAGUGAAUCUACAGACCUAUUUUCUCAGGAGCUCAGCCUGGCCCUACUUCAGUGAUAAAGGAGGAAAGUUUAAAACAAUACUGGCAUUUCAAAAGCAAACGGACUCCAAUAGAAGACGUUCUAUAGAAGUAUGCCCUGUUGUGAGAGACUGAGAUCUUCAGAGUUUCAUGGUCUAGGUCCUGUAUUCUAUCAGGCUGGCUGCAGUAAACAUCAUUCAAGAUGUCCAGCAAAGGGAGCAGCACAGAUGGCAAAACAGACUUAGCUAAUGGAAGCCUGUCUAGCAGUCCAGAGGAGAUGUCUGGUGCUGAGGAGGGGAGGGAGACAUCCUCAGGCAUUGAAGUGGAGGCCUCAGACCUGAGCUUGAGCUUGACCGGGGAUGAUGGUGGCCCCAACCGCACCAGCACAGAAAGUCGAGGCACAGAUACAGAGAGCUCAGGUGAAGACAAGGACUCUGACAGCAUGGAGGACACUGGCCAUUACUCCAUCAAUGAUGAAAACCAAGUCCAUGACCGCUCAGAGGAAGAAGAGGAUGAAGAAGAGGAGGAAGAAGAGCAUCCUCGUCGUCGUGUACAGCGCAAGCGGGCAAACCGUGACCAGGACUCAUCAGAUGAUGAGCGGGCCCUGGAGGACUGGGUGUCCUCGGAGACCUCAGUCCUGCCCCGACCUCGCUGGCAAGCCCUUCCUGCCCUUCGGGAGCGGGAGCUGGGUUCAAGUGCCCGCUUUGUGUAUGAGGCUUGUGGGGCGAGAGUCUUUGUGCAGCGUUUCCGCCUGCAGCACGGGCUUGAGGGCCAUACUGGUUGUGUUAAUACCCUGCACUUUAACCAGCGCGGCACCUGGCUGGCCAGUGGCAGCGAUGACCUGAAGGUGGUGGUUUGGGACUGGGUACGGCGACAGCCAGUAUUGGACUUUGAGAGCGGCCACAAAAGCAAUGUCUUCCAGGCCAAGUUCCUUCCUAACAGUGGUGAUUCCACCCUGGCCAUGUGUGCCCGUGAUGGGCAGGUUCGGGUAGCAGAGUUGUCUGCUACACAGUGCUGCAAGAAUACAAAGCGUGUGGCCCAGCACAAGGGAGCAUCCCACAAGUUGGCCCUGGAACCAGACUCUCCCUGUACGUUCCUAUCUGCAGGUGAAGAUGCAGUUGUCUUCACCAUUGACCUCAGACAAGACCGGCCAGCUUCGAAACUGGUGGUGACAAAAGAAAAGGAGAAGAAGGUGGGGCUGUAUACAAUCUAUGUGAAUCCUGCCAAUACCCACCAGUUUGCAGUGGGUGGACGAGACCAGUUUGUAAGGAUUUAUGACCAGAGGAAAAUUGAUGAGAAUGAAAACAAUGGAGUACUCAAGAAAUUCUGCCCUCAUCACCUGGUGAACAGUGAGUCCAAAGCAAACAUCACCUGUCUUGUGUACAGCCACGACGGCACAGAGCUCCUGGCCAGUUACAAUGAUGAAGACAUUUACCUCUUCAACUCCUCUCACAGUGAUGGGGCCCAGUAUAUUAAGAGAUAUAAGGGCCACAGAAAUAACGCCACAGUAAAAGGCGUCAAUUUCUAUGGCCCCAAGAGUGAGUUUGUGGUGAGCGGUAGUGACUGCGGGCACAUCUUCCUCUGGGAGAAAUCAUCCUGCCAGAUCAUUCAGUUCAUGGAGGGGGACAAGGGAGGCGUGGUAAACUGUCUUGAGCCCCACCCUCACCUGCCUGUGCUGGCAACCAGUGGCCUAGACCAUGAUGUCAAGAUCUGGGCACCCACAGCUGAAACUUCCACUGAACUUACAGGGUUAAAGGAUGUGAUUAAGAAGAACAAGCGGGAACGGGAUGAAGAUAGCUUACACCACACCGACCUAUUUGAUAGCCACAUGCUCUGGUUCCUCAUGCAUCACCUGAGACAAAGACGCCAUCACCGGCGCUGGCGAGAACCUGGGGUUGGGGCCACAGACGCAGACUCGGAUGAGUCUCCCAGCUCCUCAGAUACAUCGGACGAGGAGGAGGGCCCUGACCGGGUGCAGUGCAUGCCAUCCUGAGGCCUCGUACCCAGGAGGGGCAGGCUGGGGCUGCCAACCCGAUCCUGCCUGGGCAGCCCUUUCCUGUCCCAGGCUCUAACAUUCAGCAGAAACGCACUUUGGACUUUUUUGCUUUAGAUUUAAAAAAAAAAAAAGAAAAGAAAAGAAAAAAAAGAAAAAAAAAAGACAUCCCAGGAGGACAAGCCAGAGGGGAGCAAACCUACAGAGCAUCUAGAAGUGGGAAUUGAGCCCUGGAAUGGGGUUCCAUGGAGAGGUGCAUAGGACUUGGCAGAAAUGGCCUCUCCCCAAAGCCUUUUUUUUUUGGGAGGGGGGAGCCUAUUUUGUUAACUGGUUUGGGGUAGGGAAUGGGGUUUCCUUUUCUUUGAUCUCCCUUGUUUCUUGGGUGGGGGGUGGGGGGAUAACUGGCUGUUCAGUACCAAGGGGCCAGACUGGGGGUGGUAGAAAUGCCACUCUCUCUUUGGUUUAGGUUUUUGACUUUAUUUUCUUUAUUUUUUAAAAUUCUAUGACAGUUGCAUUGUUUUUUCUUCCCCCUGAGCAAGCAACCCCAUCCCAGGAUCCUGUUUUUCUGGGGAGUCCUUAGAGCCCCUAACCAUCCCACACUCUUCACUUUCUUUUCCACCCCAUUCAUUCUCUGUACUUAUCACAGUGUUUUGCACUUGAUUAUGUAUCCUUCACUCUCUUCUCUUCAUCCCAUCACCCCCUCAGUAGGUCUGGUGAGGGAGGUUGGGGGGAGGUGGGAGGAGGGACAGAAGUGGAAGAAUAGGAAGGUGGUUACCUCUUCUGUUACUUAAAAAAAAAAAAAAGUUGUUUGGUGGCAGCAAUCUCCCUGUCCCUAUCACUGUUAGAGGCCUAAUUUUAUAUCUAUAAAUAUAUUAAAAAGCAAGUCAAAAUUGGAUGUAUCAUGUUAAAAUUAUUGUUGAAGUUUAAAUACCUAUAUAUUCUCUAUGACUGCAAUAAAGGGACUUACAGGAGAGAGUGAGUGAGAGUAAUGAUGUGGAGGUAUCACCUGGGGUCAGCCUACCCUCUGUGCACGGCUACUGGAGAUUAGGGCUUAACCCUUAUGUUUUAGGAGGCUCAAGAAUGGAAGGAUCCUGAAUUCUGCCCUUUCCUGCUUUCCUACCAUGGUUUCAGGGUUGGGAAGCCCCUUUCAUCUCUUUGCUCCAGAUAUCCUACCUCUGCUUAAGUCUUGUGGGGGUUCCCAGGAUGGCUCUGCUAACCAGAGACUGGCUCAUCUUCAAAACUUGACUGAACUGUGACUUCAGGAAGGGUUCUGCCACUGCAGACCGUCUCUCCUAAUACUGUGUGUGACAGAAGACACACUCACUCUUAGCUUUAGCUGCUUGAUUCUUUAAACUAUCCAACUCCACACCAACUCCCUUCCUAAUGGAAGAGUAUAGGGAAAGACCUCCUGGGUUUGACUUUAUACCUUGUCCACCUUUUCCUAUCUUGGGAUUGAAGGACAAGUCAUUAAUCUAAGGAUUGAGUAAGGUGGCUGGGGCUCAGACACCUAUUGUAUCACUGGUCACUAAUUAUCAAAGUCCCAGUUGCAUUCUUGCCCUUAAAUGCUUUUGUUUUCUUUGUUUUCUUUGCCCCCAACCAGGAAUUCUGCAUCCUGGGACAGUCAGAUUCUACUAGAACAGGCCAGGAAGGAAGGGAGGAGUGAAAGGGUGGAAUUCCCAGAUACUCCUUCCUCCUGCCCCUUUUCCUAGCAGCUCUCAGACCAGAUGUUAGCUGCUGUACUUCCUCCCUGAGGUAGUGAAUGUGUGGUGACUGUGAGUGGUCUGUGUUCUUAUCGCUGGUGGGGUGAUGGAGUGGGCUGAAACCAUGCACUCUGGAAUUUGUUGUGUAUUUUCUCUCAGUAAAGCUUUUUCCCCCCCC